UGUCAAUCGACCUCAAUUCCAAAGACCGUACUUGCCCGGCUCGUACCAAACAUCAACAGAGUCUUUCUACAGCUAUCCAAAGAUCGCCUUAGUCUCCUAAACACUAUGGGAGGCGGAAAUCUGGAGGUGUUCAAGUUUGGUCUCUACAUGUUCUUUCCCAUUGUGAUCAUGUUCAAAUUCGGAGACCCAGAUUGGUACAAACUCAAUGUCGAACCUCUCAGGGAUAUCUUUUACCCACCAGUGACGGAUGCCAAGAAACCACCACGGACGCAUGAAGAGUUGCAGGAAGAAAUGGCAAAGAUGCGAGCAGAGACUGCGGAGAAGCUGGCACAGAGGCGGCAAGCUCGCUGGGGGUCACAGGUUCUACAAUCAAUAGCGGACGAGAGAAAUAAGGAGGAGACAAAGUGGCCUGAUUGGGGCCAACCUGCUGGAAGAAUGGUAUGAACAUGU